UGUCGCCUUUAUCGUCAUGGUUAUUCUCUUAGUGUGUGUUCAGCAAUGGAAAACCGCAGCCUGCUUGGGCAUACAGUGUGAGCAUCAAUACUCUUGUUGCCAUAUUGACCACGCUCCUUAGAGCUGCAAUGUUAUUCGUGUUAUCAGAAGGUCAGUAGUUUAUUCAAUAAAGUUUAGGGAAUACAUACCAAUGAAGUCAGUCAUUGGACAAGCCAAAUGGCCAUGGAUGGCAGCGGCGCGGCCACUUCGUCAUGUCGAACAUUUUGACAAUGCUGGCAAAGGCGCAUGGGGAUCGCUGAAGUUUCUAGUGAGUUUUCGUAAACCGACCGCAACGGUUUUAGGUGCUCUGAUCGUGGUUGCCUCUUACGCCACCGGACCUCUUUCCCAGCAAGCUGUCAAAACAUAUCCCUGCGAAGUCUCAGCUGAGGGCAUUGCUCGUAUCUCAACAGCUGAACGGAUUACGAGGCACGAUUCAAUGAUAAGUGGUGCAGUUACCAAUGCUAAGAUGAGCACGGCCAUUAUCAACGGUAUACUUGGCUUACCUCCGGACAAUUCACAACUAUUCCAAUGCGAGUCGGGCAAUUGUGUGUUCAGGAACUUUUCUGAAGUCACUCACUCGUCCGUUGGAGUUUGCAGCAAUUGCACCGAUGUGAAAUCCGACUUGAUCGAGUUUGAGGAGUCAAAGACAAAAUUGGUAGGCAGAUAUCGGAACAGUUAUCGCUUCCACAACAACUCCGGAUUUUCCAUCAACACUGGCGUUGAGCCGGAACUUUUCAACGUAACAACACCUGUAGCGAAUACUAUUGAUUCCAGGAAAGAUGGUCCGAUCAACACGUCUUUCCUGACGCUCUCAGUGGCAGGCUGCGUUGCGCAGCCUAACUCAGACGCCCCGACAGAUCGAUAUUGCGAGCACGACUAUACCAAUAUGCCGAGACUAAGCUCCGACCUUGAUAUUGUGGCUGCCAACUGCAGCCUGUAUCCUUGUAUUCGUCAUUACAACGGAAAUGUUACGAACGGUACUCUGAAUGAGCAUUUGGUAUCAACGGACCCAAUGGAGUCGUAUGCCGAGGGCUAUAUUUCGGUCACUCAGCCGUGUUUUCUCAUAGACAAAUGGUAUGACUUGUCCAAUAUUAGCAACGCCCCUCGAAAUGGCUUGAAUUGGACCUCCUGGACUUCAGAUGGAGCUGAAAAGGAGGCACCGGCUCAAUGUGUCAGUACCAUGGACUAUACCGAGUUCCGUGGCAUUAGAUACUUCCUCAAGGCCAAUCUAAAUGGACAAUGCAAACUCUACGAUCUUACCGAAAGGGGGCCAACAUCUUCUGAUGCCGUCAAUGGAAUCGGAAACUCCAGCCAGCUACAUUGCGAAACAGGUUGGUGGCUUGACGCUCUUUAUAAUGGAGGAAUGGCCACAUUUGUCAGCCUAGAAGCUGCUCACGGCAACAUGUCUAUCGCGAUUUCGAACCGGAUGCGUAUUUACGGAUUGACUUCGUCAGAGACGGAUACAUCAAAUAGUUAUCAGGAGGGAACCUGCAGCAAAACAUCGAUCUGUGUAAGGCUUGAAGAAUGGUGGCUACUUUACCCUGCGGCACUUCUGGUAUUGACAUCAGCCUUGCUCGUGUCUGUUUAUGUGCAAAGUUGCAGGGACAGCGGGAGGCAGCCCAUCUGGAAGUCGUCAAUGCUUCCUUUGAUAUUCUACAACAUAUCAGAGGAACACUGCUCGGAUGAGCGAAAUGAUGGACGACGAAUUGGCUCAUCAGUACCUCUUUUGCAACUCCCGGAACUGGAGUCUCGCGCCGACAAGACGAUAGUGAGUUUUUGCAGUGGCAAUGAAGGCGCUAGGUUCAUUGUUGAAGAAGGAGUCGUGGAAGCCAAAUGAGACCCGGGAAGCAAAGAUGUAAGCCUUGGUGGCUGAUGGGUACGGGAGGAAAUGAGAAGGGAGUAGAUGUGAUGUAAUGAUAGCUCCAGUCCUAUGCGUGUAGACAGAUAGGGGCAGAGAUUAAUACUCGAUUUAACCUGAUUUUAGCCUCGAAGUCCUGCACCAACUGCCCUAUGCCAUUGUGACUUCGAGCAAAGGCAUGCUACCUACAACAAGAUAUUUGGAAAUGGGCCGACUACCUUCCAGCGUCGCGAUGCUAUUGUAACCCAUGGUA